AUGGAGAUCCCGGUGCCCGUGCAUCCUUCCUGGCUGCGCCGCGCCUCAGCGCCUUUACCGGGUUUUUCCACUCCGGGACGUCUCUUUGACCAGCGUUUCGGCGAGGGACUGCUCGAGGCCGAGUUGGCGUCCCUGUGCCCCGCUGCGAUCGCCCCCUACUAUCUGCGUGCCCCCAGUGUGGCGCUGCCCACAGCCCAGGUGCCCACAGACCCCGGGCAUUUCUCCGUGCUGCUGGACGUCAAGCACUUCUCGCCGGAGGAAAUCUCCGUCAAGGUGGUCGGCGACCACGUGGAGGUCCACGCUCGGCACGAGGAACGCCCGGAUGAACAUGGAUUCAUUGCUCGCGAGUUCCACCGCCGCUACCGCCUGCCUCCCGCUGUGGACCCUGCUGCGGUGACCUCCGCGCUGUCUCCCGAGGGUGUCCUGUCCAUCCAGGCCGCACCAGCCUCGGCCCAGGCCCCGCUUCCGUCACCGACUGCUGCCAAGUAGGGGUCCGGGAGGUACAGGCCGCACCUGGGAGGCCUCUUCAGGCUACCUUUUAAAAGCCGAUCUGACUCCGUCGCCCAGCCAGAUGUCCCGAUCGCUGUCAAGACAGUCCUCCCAACCACGUCUAGAUGUCCUCCCCUGGGAGGGACCUCUCCACCCAAAACCCUACUGCGCCUUAGAAACCCAGACACCCACUUAGCCCCGCCCACAGCCCUCGGGCCCCGCCACGAGACCUCUGUAGUGAGAACACAACCCCACUGUCACCCUCAGCCUGCACUCAGGCUGUACUUCUAACUUUAGAACACCCCAGUGUGUCACCAGACAGUGUGGUAAGCGCUCCCUGAUUCCAGGCCUGUCACCCAAUUCACCGCAGUGACCAUUGGGCUAGCCAGUCUGGGGGCCAGCAGUGAUUCCACAUCAGAACACUACCGCCUGGUCCACCAGACCAGAUCCUGUUCUAUAACCUGACACUCCUCUGCCCCGGGCACCUAAAUUCUUGAAUCCUGUUCUGACCUCCAAUCCUUGGGAUACCUAUUCCUGACCAACCAUGACCCCCAAACUCAAAUUGUACAGACACCCCAACUUCCCCGGAUGUGCUAGGCGAUGCCCCAGAGCCCCUGAGCUCCUUUAUCCCGGCUCCCCAUUGGCAGCCAGCUCUCCCUACAGCCACCUCCACAUCUCAGUCACAUCUUCAUUCCCAACACUGUCCCUGUCACCACAGGCCUUCCUACCGCCAGUCCCCAAUAAAUGCGCUAGAGAUUU